CAACUUCCAUCUCAGCUGAGACAGGCAGAGACCACAGGAAACGCUUCCGGAGACGAUAUUCGGCCUUGUCCACACUUGUGCUCGCCAGCUCCCUUCUCUGCCUGGGGACAUUAGUCAAUCCCCUCCUGUUGCCAAUGUCUUCCAGAUAGCAGUCAUUCCAACCCUAUUCUCCGGGAAUAUGGCACACCGACCGACGUCAAGAUUAUUUCUUUUUAUUGGCCUUGCGCUGUUCUUCGUCCUUACCCUCACAUUCCUCCGCCAAAACUCUCCAUUAAGUCCCGAAGCGCGUGCGCCGGGCCACGUUGACAGGACGAUUCCCAAUGUUGAGAUCUCGGAUAAAAUGUUGCACGGGGCGGUGGUAACUUCGAAAAUGGGCAAUGAGACUGCGAAAGCGGAACUUGGCAGAUCAGCCUGGAGAGUGCUGCAUACCAUGAUGGCGCAGUUUCCGGAUAAACCAUCAGCAGAGCAACAAGAAACGCUACGGUCAUUCAUUUACCUAUUCUCAAGAUUGUAUCCUUGUGGUGAAUGCGCUUCCCAUUUCCAGGCGCAUUUGGCGAAGUUUCCCCCGCAAGUGUCAUCGCGCUCCGCAGCCGCUGCGUGGGCAUGCCAUGUUCAUAACGAAGUGAACAAAAUGCUUCAUAAAGAUAUCUUCGACUGUAGCAAGAUUGGUGAUUUCUACGACUGCGGCUGCGCGCACGACGAAGGUGAUAGCGAAGAUGGUGGACAGAGUAGCGUCACGAAUCCUGUGAAAAAUGCUAAUGACCCCCUCUCAGGCAAGGCGGAGAUGAGUGGAGGCGCAGUGAAGAAAACGCCGGAUGGGAGGCAGAUUAAUGCUCAAUCAUUUCCUCCCGUGGAAAUCCACCCUGAACCGGCAACAAAUGGUUAACGGUAUAUUCGGCUUCAAGCGACUGAAAUUUUAUUGAAUCUCUUGGGCAGCAGACCCAAAAACUGUGAUGUAAUUUUACUUGUUAUAUACGUGCACUGGCGUUCGGGUUUUGAUAUCCAUGUUUU